UAUGAUUCAACGCGUGCGAUGGAGCCUCCACUGGAGCUCCGAUGAGCAUAUGGUACAAGCAAAAUUACUCUGCUUUCAUAAGCGGCAGUAAAAAUUGAAUCCAACCUGCAUUGCGCAUAUGUGUUAAUGCCUUUAGAUUUCAGCACUCCGGCGGCUCUUGCAGCCGGAAAUCUGACAAGCCUCUGCGAUCGUAAGAGCAACUCUAACAAAUUGAUUUUUUCAUUUUCCUUUUUUUUAUAGGGGAAUUUCCAAUCACAAUUUUAAUAUUUUAGGGAGAAGUGAUCCAGCAGAUUGAUUUUCUCUUUUCCCCUUUCCUCGUCCUGUCAUGUGGGGUCAACCUGUCAUUGUCUUCCUCAUUUCCUUUCCCCUUUCUUGUUGCAACCGCUCGUCCGUCUGCCUGCUCGUCCGCCGGCCGCCGGGAGCGAGCUGUAGAGCAGCGCCGGCAGCGCGCUGCAGAGCAGCACCGGACCAGCAGCUGGCUUGCGGCGACACCAACGGCAACAAGCCCAGCUGCAACGCCAAGUGCGACAAGCGAUGCCCCAACCAGUGCAUUAUCCUCUACCCAGGAUGCAAGAGCUUCUGCAGUACGCCCACAGAGAGCUUGCUUGCUUUAAUUUCUUCUUCACUAGCUAAUCCAUCGAUCGAUCACAUACAAUUUAAUUUCUUUUGUGCGACUUCUACCCCGGCGUGUCGUGAGGCGACCCCCGCUUCACCGGCGGCGACGGCAACAACUUCUACUUCCACGGCAAGAGGGACCAGGACUUCUGCAUCCUCUCCGACGCCAACCUGCACAUCAACGCCCACUUCAUCGGCAAGCGCAACCCGAGCAUGAGGCGCGACUUCACCUGGAUCCAGGCGCUCGGCAUCCGCUUCGCCCAUCACCGCCUCUACCUGGGCGCCGCCAAGACGGCCAGGUGGAGCAGCGACGUGGACCGCCUGGAGCUGGCCCUGGACGACGAGCCCGUCAGCAUCCCCGCCGAGGCCGGCGCGCGCUGGGAGUCGGCCGCCGUGCCGGGGCUGUCGGUGACGCGGACCACCGCGGCCAACGGCGUGCGGGUGCAGCUCGCCGGGGUGCUGGACAUCAUGGCCAGCGUGGUGCCCAUCACGGAGGAGGACUCCAUGGGCGGCGGCGGCCUCCAUGCUCGUCGGCGGCCAUCAGGAUGCGGGGGCGGCGGCGGAGGGCGUGGCCCUCGCGGCGCUGGGCGUGGUGCUGCCGGGGGCGCGGCCCUGGCGGCGCUGGGCGCAGGAGGCCGGUCGGGAGGAUAGGGAGAUGAUGGUUUGUUCCCUUUCUAUUGGGGAUUGGAGAUGUAAUAUUGGGGAUUGAGAAAAAAUAAAGAGAAAAGGGAGAUGGAAAAUCAA